UUCUUCUUUCGGUUCGGGUGCCAGUCGAUCUCGCACAAGUCGUGCGGGUCGGGCCGGGAUAGCGUGAAGCCGGGUGUUGGGGUUGGAUUUCGGGUUUGUUUUUGCGUUUCAUAGAGAAACAGCAAGCAAGAGGCGGCGCGCUGGUCACCACGAUCAUGGUCAUAUGCGAUCAUGACGACGAGCGACGGAAGUGCCAUUCAAGACAGGUAGAUCCUAUCAAAGACGAUGAUCAAGAGCAAGAUACGCCCCCGAUCAUGCCCGAUUUCCUCAGCUUUCUUUCGACCCAGAUACAGAGCGUCGGGAGUGCCAGCCCCGCUGCCGUGAACCAAGUUGGAUCUCCUUCGGCAACGGUCCCGAUCCCCACGAACUUGGCGUUUCUGAAUGGUAUCCUUCCGCCUCAGAACGCUGCUGCGAGUCCGGCUCAGGGAUCCUACAGUCCGAGCGUAAUUCAGAAUACGCCACAAAACGCUGCGUUCCCUCCACCCGCAGCGAACCCGAUAGGCAACAGCUUUGCGGAAAACAGACCUGGCCAGAUCGCAUCGCUUCCCGCUCCCACAUUACCGAUACCGAUGGCACGCCCAGGCCAGACUGAUCUGGGUGCUGCCAUGGCGAAACGUGACGAGAUUGCGAAAAAGUUUGCCAUGAUGGGACAAGGUCCGAACGCGCAAAGCGCACCGACGAUCACACCCUCGAUCCCCCCACCUUCGGACAUGCCACCUACACUACCUACAGGCGACUACUCCGCCGCACCGCCAGCGACACAAUAUCAUCAGGGUCCCUCGCGAGGACAACCGUUUCCCGAUCGAGGUGGCAGGAAUGCUGGAAACGAUCGAUAUCCUAUGCGAAACGGAGGAGGAGGGUGGAACAGCCCACCGAACCCAGGCGGCUUCAAUCAAAACGCUGCAUCGAGCAGUUCGGCAUGGCGACCUCAUCCUCACGGUAGAUCCAGGUCCAGGUCGCCCUCCCGUACUAUGAGCAGACCCGAGGCGGUUCGACAGGGCAGAGCACCAUUACCUGGCGCUGGUCAACCAGGGAAGGACGAAUUUGGUCGAGAUGUCGUUUCCAGGCGGUCGGCCAGUCCGCAGCGGGAUCGGCCAGAUUAUCAACGGCCGCGCACAGACUCUGCGCAUGAUCUUGGUCCAAAGCCUGUGGAUCAUGCCAUCCGGACCAAAUCACUGAUCAAGCUAGAAGACCUCGACAUCACGACGCUCAAUCCUGCUGAAGCCAAAACGUGGGAAGUAUUGGGCGAGGCCUGGAUCAAUACCCAUGGUAGACCUCCCGAAGGGCCAGAUGUCAUGAUGUGGUUCAUGAAUGCGACAGCAGAAAAAAUGAGCUCUGCAGCGGGUAUGAAUGGGAAUGUCAUGGGAAAUGUUAUCACGGGAGCAAUGCCAGACAUGACCGGCCUAACCCCUACAAUGAACAUGAUGCCCAUGGACAACUCGCACCAACAGGCCCGAUUGGACUGGAACGACGAUGGACCAUACAGCGGCGGUGGGGGACAACGAGGGGGUUCAGCCGGGGGUCGUGGGAGAUGGUAGGACCGUCCAAUUGGCUCGAUUAGCGAUGACCCUUUGUCACCUUGUAAAUUUAGAUCCUGUCAGCACGCCAUACAUGACGUGGCCCCUUCGACGAGGGAGUUGUUUACCCCAGAUUCUCGACGUCUCAACAUCCAAACUAGACCGGCGUCGAAGGGGAUCCCCCUCCGUAGCAGCACCUGCAGAUCCUGUAGAUC